AUGAAGCGCUUCAGUCAUCGUUUAAGCUGCCGUCUUCCUCCUCACCUCCAUUGGUCAACUCUGACGUCAUCUCUUGUACCACCGGUUAAGAACGUAGCGGAUUUGCUAGUGAGUAAUGCAACAAUCUUCACCAGCGAUGCUUCAUUGCCGUUUGAUGAUUCCAUGGCGAUUAGUAACGGCAGGAUUCUCAAAGUCGGAACCUUUACCACUCUCAAGGAUUUUGUAGGAGAUGGAACAGUGGAGAUGAAUCUGGAGGGGAAGGUUGUAGUGCCUAGACUUAUUGAUUCACAUGUUCAUUUGAUCUCUGGGGGACUUCAGAUGGCCCAAGUUGGACUCAGAGGAGUGAGUCAAAAGGAAGAGUUUUGCAAGAUGGUGAAAGACGCGGUGCAGAAUGCAAAAGAAGGAUCAUGGAUUCUUGGUGGUGGAUGGAACAAUGAUUUCUGGGGAGGAGAGUUGCCUUCUGCAUCAUGGAUUGAUGAAAUCUCUCCUCAUAAUCCUGUUUGGUUGAUUAGGAUGGAUGGUCAUAUGGGUUUGGCGAAUUCCCUCACGCUUAAGAUUGCUGGUGUUACUAGUUUAACAGAAGAUCCAGUUGGUGGAACGAUAAUGAGAUUCCCUAGUGGCGAGCCUACAGGGCUUUUGAUCGAUUCUGCUAUGGAGCUUGUCACUUCUUUCGUUCAAGAAGUCUCAGUGGAUGAACGUAGGGAAGCACUUCUUAGAGCUAGCAAGUAUGCUUUAACUAGAGGCGUGACAACUGUUGUUGAUCUUGGAAGAUUUUAUCCUGGCAAUACAGAUGAGCUCUCCUGGAAUGACUUUCAAGAUGUGUAUCUAUGGGCUGAUUCAGCGAAGAAGAUGAUGAUCCGGACUUGCUUGUUUUUCCCCAUUACAACAUGGUCACGUUUAUCGGAUCUUAAGCUUCAGAAAGGUCAUGUACUGAGUGACUGGUUGUACCUCGGUGGCGUCAAAGCAUUUAUUGAUGGCUCUCUAGGUUCCAACAGUGCACUUUUCUACGAGGAAUAUCUUGACACACCUAAAAAUCAUGGGCUAGAAGUGAUGGAUCCUGAGAUACUUUUAAACCUCACAAUGGCAGCAGCCAAAGCAGGGCUUCAGGUUGUUGCUAUCCAUGCCAUAGGAGACAAAGCAAAUGACAUGAUUCUCGAAAUGUACGAAUCCGUUGCUGCAGCCAAUGGAGAACGGGAUAGAAGAUUCAGGAUUGAGCAUGCGCAACAUUUGGCUCCAGGAUCUUCUGAUCGGUUUGGUCAACAUCACAUUGUAGCCUCAGUGCAGCCAGAUCAUUUGCUUGAUGAUGCUGAUACUGCUCCAAAGAAGCUCGGUUUUGAUAGAGCUGAAAAGGAGUCUUAUCUAUUUCAAUCUCUCUUAAAUGGCAAUGCACUUGUGGCAUUUGGUUCCGACUGGCCUGUGGCAGACAUUAACCCGUUGCACAGUCUCACAACCGCGGUAAAACGAAUACCUCUCAAGUGGGAUCACGCUUGGAUCCCAUCUGAAUGCAUCUCUUUCACCGAUGCCUUGACUGCGUAA